AUGAUAAAGAAUGGAAUCCGCAUUGCUAUCGACAGAGGAGGCACAUUCACAGAUGCCUGGGCGGAUAUACCUGGCCGUCCAGAUCAUGUCGUCUUCAAGGUUCUCUCAGUCUCUCCGGACGAGUACGACGAUGCCCCAACAGAAUGUAUCAGACGGAUUCUAGAGAUGGCAAGCGGCGAGGAGAUACCUAAGGGCUCUCUGCUGGAUUUAUCAUCUGUCGAAUCCAUUCGAAUGGGCACGACAGUGGCUACAAAUGCGCUUCUCGAGCGGAAGGGUGAUCGCGUAGCCCUACUAGUAACCAAGGGCUUUCGCGAUUCGCUCCUAAUUGGUAACCAGGCUCGACCCAACAUAUUUGACCUUUCAGUGCAACGGCUCAAGCAGCUCUACGAAACUGUGGUGGAAAUUGACGAACGCAUCACGAUUGAAGGAUAUAGCGAGGAUCCCGAACCCAAACCCAUCGACAUCACGUCUGACCCCAAUCUCGUCGUCGGCCUGACUGGCGAGGUAGUGAGGAUAUUACGAACACCAAGCCUGGAUACCGUUCGGGUACAACUAGAGACGUUGCAAUCGCAAGGCUACCAAAAUCUAGCCAUUGGACUCAUGCAUGCAUAUACAUAUCCCGAGCAUGAGCUUCAAAUAGCGAAACUAGCCGAACAUAUGGGCUUCAAAGUAUCAGCGUCGUCAGUUCUGCAAUCGAUGGCCAAAUUCGUCCCUCGAACCCAAUCAGCCGUGGCUGAUGCUUACCUCACUCCAAUGACCGCGUCGUACCUCGAAGGCUUUCGGAAGGGGUUCAAGGGCCAGCUGGACGAUGAGAAUGCAAAUAAAGUAUUACUCAGUCAGUCGGACGGUGGCCUGGCAACCUGGAACAGUUUCUCAGGUCUCCGAGGAGUUCUAAGUGGUCCUGCAGGAGGUGUUGUGGGUUUGUCGAGAACAUGUUAUGAUGCGGAGGAAGGCCGACCCGUGCUGGGGUUCGACAUGGGCGGAACGAGUACCGAUGUGGCCCGGUAUUCGGGCGCUCUUGAGCAUAUCUUUGAAAACACCAUCGCGGAGGUUACCAUUCAGACACCUCAGCUGGAUAUCAACACCGUCGCAGCUGGAGGUGGAUCAAUCCUGACCUGGGAGACUGGUUUACUAAAGGUUGGGCCACGGAGUGCCGGCGCAAAUCCUGGUCCUGCAUGCUAUGGAAAGGGUGGUCCGUUGACCGUGACGGACGCCAAUCUGCUGCUAGGGCGAAUCAUUCCGGAGUAUUUUCCGAAGCCUCUCGAUUUGGAUAUUGUCAAACAAAAUUUUGCCGAAUUGACGAACGUCGUCAACAGAGACAAAGGAGGUGGAGAUGCAUUUACCUCAGAAACCCUGGCACUAGGCUUCUUGGCUAUCGCGAAUGCAACGAUGACAAGACCCAUCCGCAAGCUCAGUGAAGGCCGAGGGUACAGCGCCGCUAGUCAUAACCUUGGUUGCUUCGGAGGUGCUGGGGGGCAACAUGCUGUGUUUAUUGCUCGAGACCUUGGGAUCCAGAAGGCCAUUAUUCCCCGCUACUCAAGUAUCUUGUCUGCAUAUGGAAUGGCUCUAGCCGAUGUGGUGGUCGAGAAUCAGGAGCCUGUGGCGUGGACGUUUGGGGAAGAUACUCUGUCGGAGCUUCAGGCACGGCUAGAUUUAAUAUCUAAGAAAGGCGUAGAGGCCUUGAAACUCCAGGGUUUUGAUGAGGAGUCUAUCGUACAUGAAUGUUUCCUGAAUAUGAAAUAUCAAGGCAGCGAUACCACCCUGAUGAUUCGUGAACCUGACCAACUUUCAAACUUUGGAGUGGCUUUCAAUACCCGACAUGCACAAGAAUUUGGAUUUUCACAGUCUCGGGAUAUAUUGAUUGAUGAUAUCCGCGUACGGAGUAUUGGAAGAUCUCGAGUUGUGGACACCUCGAGCCCUUUCAAGGAACUGAACAAGUUGGACGAUCGCUCUACGGUUCAGCCACCUGCGCCGGCAUUUACACGGAAAGUAUUCUUUGACAUACUUGGUUGGGCAGAUACCAACGUUUACACGCUCCCUCAGUUGAACCCCGGCACCCGGAUCAAUGGGCCGGCCAUGAUUAUUGACGAGACUCAGACAAUUGUGGUUGAUCAUGCAAGCAGAGCGACCAUCUUGCCCGAGCAUGUGGUUUUAGAAGUUGGAAGUGUGAACCAGGAGCAGCUUUCAACUAAUGCUGUGGACCCCGUCCAGCUGAGUGUAUUCAGUCAUCGGUUCAUGACGGUGGCGGAGCAAAUGGGCCACACGAUGGAGAAAACUUCCAUAUCUGUUAAUAUCAAAGAGAGGCUGGAUUAUUCUUGCGCUAUCUUCUCAGCUGAUGGUGGACUCGUGGCCAACGCCCCUCACAUCCCCGGCCACCUCGGCUCCAUGAGUACAGCAAUCACAGCCCAGAUUGAGCGACACCCACCGGGUGAUUUGAAACCUGGCGAUGUCAUCAUAAGUAACCACCCAGCUGCUGGUGGCACCCACUUACCCGAUAUUACGACCAUUACACCCGUGUUUGACGACGAUGAGAAUCCAUCGGCGAUCUUGUUCUACGUGGCUAAUCGCGGUCACCACGCCGACGUGGGUGGGAUUGCCCCGGGUUCUAUGCCUCCCAACUCAACCGAGCUCUGGCAAGAGGGCGCGGCCAUCGAGUCAUUCAAGCUGGUCAAUAAAGGCGUCUUUGACGAGGCUGGAUUGAUCAAACAUCUGUACGAGAUUCCUGGCACAUUCCCAGGUUGCAGUGGCACCCGCACGUUGAGCGACAACAUUGCCGACCUGCAGGCGGCUGUAGCAUCAAACCAAAAGGGUAUCCAGCUGAUCCAAGCUCUCAUAAAAGAGUUUACCUGGCCAGUCGUCGAGUUCUACAUGAAGGCAAUCCAAGAGAAUGCCGCACAGGCCGUGCGGGACCUACUUAAAGGCUUCGCCCAAAGAUACGAAGGUGGGAUACUCGAAGCAGAGGAGAGGAACGACGACGGAAUCCCGUUCCACCUGCGAGUGACAAUCGACAAGGAGACGGGCAACACCGUUUUCGAUUUUACUGGGACCGGGCCAGAGCAUUCGGGGAACCUGAACUCACCGCAAGCUUGCUUACAUUCUGCUAUCAUGUACUGUCUCCGAUCAAUGAUUUCUGCAGAUAUACCCCUCAACCAGGGUUGUCUGGCUCCAAUUCAGGUGGUCUGCCCCGAGGGUACUAUCCUAUCACCCUCCAUCACAGCCGCAACAGUCGGAUGUACCACCGAGACAUCAUCCAAAAUCGCCGACCUCGUCCUCAAAGCCUUCCAAGCAGCCGCCGCCUCUCAAGGCACCAUGAACAAUCUAACAUUCGGCUACGGAGGCACCGACCCCAUCACAGGAAAGGUUGUCAAGGGGUUCGGGUACUACGAAACCAUAGCCGGCGGGGCGGGAGCAGGACCCGAUUGGGAGGGAACCAGCGGAGUACACACCCAUAUUACUAACACUCGCAUUACCGAUCCCGAGAUUCUAGAAAAGCGGUACCCAGUUAUCCUCCACGAAUUUUCCAUCCGCAGGGGAAGUGGCGGAGCGGGGCUACAUCGGGGAGGCGAUGGAUGCGUCCGUGAUAUGGAGUUCCGGAUUCCUCUUCAGGUAUCGAUUCUGUCGGACCGACGGGUCACGGCACCCUAUGGAAUGGCGGGUGGAAAGGAGGGUAAGCGCGGUGAGAAUAUUUGGAUUCGGAAAGAUCCUGUUACGGGAUCCACUCGGAAGGUUGCCCUUGGACCCAGACAGACGGCUCAGUUUCGGCCGGGGGAUCGCAUUGUCAUUUUGACGCCUGGGGGAGGUGGUUGGGGUGAGGAGUCUUCGAAGGAUCCGCAGGACGCUGUUGGAAUACGACCGAAGAUUUACGGUGCGGGUCAGGGCCUGCUGAAGACGCAAGGCAGUCUGUAUGAGAGGAAUGCUGUUGCGGUGGGGAAUUAA